GUGGGUCUUCGUCAAAAUUGUUUCUUUUUGGCUUCUGGUUUUUAUUGUGUGCCACAUAAAAUUCUACUAGCUAUAUGAAUAUAGUAAGGCACAGACUUGGCUGGACUUUAAUGACUCCUCUUCUCUUUGCUUUCUUGAGCACUGAAAGACAAGCUAAGGGUAAUUUCUGAGACAUCUACAUAGAAACAUUGCAAGGAGUUUGAUUAUUGAGUCAUGGACAAUACUGGAGGUGGUUCUUUCAUGAGGAAUAGGAGAUGGGAGAGCUUCCUGGAUACAAAUUCCACUCCAAAUGGGAAACAAACCCCAAAGAUUUUGGUGAGGGAAGAAGUGGUAAAAAGUCCCAAGAGUGAUGUUUAUGUUGAAGAUGAUGGGUGGAUUUCUGCAUUGAUAUCUUGUGUAAGGAUUGUGGUUUGUUUUUUGUCAAUGAUGGUCACAACAUUCAUUUGGUCCUUGAUCUUGCUCUUGCUCUUACCAUGGCCUUAUGAGAGGAUCAGGCAGGGAAAUAUUUAUGGGCAUGUUACUGGUAGAAUGCUGAUGUGGAUCUUAGGGAAUCCUAUCAGGAUUGAAGGCCCUGAAUUUUCAAAUGAGAGGGCCAUUUAUGUCUGCAAUCAUGCUUCUCCUAUAGACAUUUUCCUUAUGAUGUGGUUGACUCCCACAGGCACUGUUGGCAUUGCAAAGAAAGAGAUCAUAUGGUACCCUUUAUUUGGACAACUUUAUGUAUUGGCAAACCAUCUUCGAAUAGAUCGCUCCAAUCCUACUGCAGCUAUUCAAUCCAUGAAGGAGGUAGCUCAUGCAGUAGUGAAAAACAACCUGUCACUCAUCAUUUUUCCUGAGGGGACUAGAUCAAAAAAUGGACGAUUACUACCCUUUAAAAAGGGUUUUGUUCAUUUAGCAUUGCAAACGCGCCUCCCAAUAGUUCCAAUGGUCUUUACAGGCACCCACCAUGCAUGGAGGAAAGGCGGCUUACAUGUUCGGCCAGCGCCUAUAACAGUCAAGUAUCUCCGGCCAAUAAAAACUGAUGAUUGGACAGAUGACAAGGUUAAUGACUACGUCAGACUGCUCCAUGACAUAUAUGUUGAAAACCUUCCAGAGGCACAAAGGCCUCUUCAUUAGAAGUAUAAGUAUACCUUCCAAGUGAAGUUUCGCGAAGCUUAUUUGGGUUUACCCAGCGAGGAGGUAAGUCCACGCAGACAUAUUUGAAGAGGUUAGGAAAUGCUUAAGAUGAAAAAGCUGCUUGAGUCAGUGGCCUCAAAGGUCUUAAUAAGUGAGGUAAAGGAGCAUACUUUACGGAGAGAGCUUUAUGCAUUGCUAGACAAAAGUUUGUUUAAGAUGGAGCAAGCUAUCAAGAGCCAUAUAUGGGUGGAAGAGGCAAGUGUCCUACGACACGAACCUCCUUGUUUUUAUAAAGAAUGCUAAGUAAAAGGACCAUACAAGCGGCAUUAUUCUUCUAGUGGGAACCCAAGCUCAAAAAGAACAAGAAUGGACCAGAUCGUGGAUGUCUGGUAUAUCCUGGAAGGUUUUUCACUCCUCUCAAUGCCAUCAUCACUAUGGUCUUUACCGUUAUCAGGGGUAAAGAGUUUGUCCAGUAUACCCCGUUUAUGAAGGUAACUCCAAACACUUGCACCCCCAGGAAAUUCUACUUAUUCCACUAGGACAGGGGGGGCAUGAUAUAGAAGAGUGCUUCACCUUGAAGAAAAAAAUUGAGUGGAUGAUAGUCAAAGGCUAUAUCCAAUAGUUUGUAAAAAGGAAUCUCUAUACCGAACAAGGUAAAGAAGAGUCUAGCUAACAUAACUAAGCAUUGCUUGAGAUCAAUAUUAUCUUGGAUGACACCUCUACAAGGGGUGACAAUGGAAGUGAAAAAAAGAGUAUGAGAAACAAGUCCUUACUACUACCUGCCUUUCAAAUGCAUGACAUGAUCCUAUCACAUUUACUCUUGAAGAUAUGAAAGGCAUGACUUUUCUCUA